CGACACAAAGAAUGGUUCGACAGUUCACAAGAGAAAUUUGUCUCCGUCGUCGACCGAACCUUACAAGGAUACUGUGAUCAAAACCUCUCCAUACACAAACUCCAUCUCCACUUAUUGAGACCCGACUCAAGACCGGCCGUCUCCCUUCUCAACAAAUGGAUCCCGAUAUUAGCCCUCAACAUUAAAGCUUUCAAACUCAACUUUCUUUCAUUUUCUCUGGCUUAUUACGACCUGCCCUCGGCAGUGUUCUUAGCGGAGUCCCUCGAAGAACUAAACCUGGGAAAUUGCAGGCUGAGCCCCGUCGAGAGCUUGCGGUUCAAAUGUUUGCGCACGCUCACCCUCGAAAAGGUCCAAUUUGAUGGUGGGACAUUCGAGAACAUAACUUCGGGUUGCCCUUUGCUCAAGCGCCUGGUCCUUAAUAAUUGUCAGGGGUUGAGAAACUUUAAGGCAUUGCCUGGGCACAACCACUUUGCACUGUGUGAUUUCAAGAGUAUCAAUGAAACGCGUAGCAUCGAAAUCAAUGUCCCGAAUCUCGAGACAGUGACACUAUCGAGUGUGCUCAACUAUGUCGAGGGCUUUGGGUUUCGGCUCCUGGCCUCCAACUAUCUUGGGAUCAAAGAACACGUUCUUUUUGACGAAAUCGAGGAUUUGCUUCGAAAUGCAAAGGAAACACCAGCUGAGGUGGCCGAGGAGCUCCUCAAGGGUGAUGAUGCCGAUGUUGCCCUU